CCUCUCGUGACCUUCUCUUAACCUCAAUUGCUUUCACAGCUUCCCUUCAAAGGAACAAUGGCGCGUAGGGUUUCCAUUUGCUUCUUCUUCUUCGUCUUUGCACUUUCUCUUAUCGCCUCUCAGAUCUCUGCGGAGGAGUCCUCUGAGACUAAGGAAUUCGUACUCACACUGGAUAAAUCCAACUUUCACGACACUAUCAGCAAGCACGAUUUCAUCGUUGUCGAGUUCAACGCUCCAUGGUGUGGCCACUGCAAGAAGCUUGCUCCUGAGUAUGAGAAAGCUGCGUCUAUCUUGAGCAGUCAUGAUCCUCCGAUUGUUUUGGCUAAAGUUGACGCCAAUGAAGAGAAGAACAAAGCUCUUGCAUCGGAAUAUGAUGUUAAGGGAUACCCCACACUUAAGAUUGUGAGGAAUGGGGGAAAGAAUGUUCAGGAGUACAAAGGUCCCCGUGAAGCCGAUGGCAUCGUUGAUUAUUUGAAGAGACAGAGUGGUCCUGCUUCAACUGAAAUUAAAUCUGCCGAUGAUGCUACAGCUUUUAUUGGUGAAAAUAAAGUUGUUAUUGUUGGAGUUUUCCCGAAAUUUUCUGGCGAGGAGUUUGAUAACUUUACUGCCUUAGCAGAGAAGUUGCAUGCUGAUUAUGACUUUGGUCACACCCUGAAUGCUAAACACCUUCCAAGAGGUGAAUCAUAAGUCGCUGGCCCUGUAAUUAGGUUAUUCAAGCCGUUCGAUGAACUUUUUGUUGACUCCAAGGAUUUCCAAGUGGAUACUCUAGAGAAAUUUGUUGAGGAGUCCAGUAUCCCUGUCGUUACUAUCUUUAACAAUGAUCCUAACAAUCAUCCUUUCGUUGUCAAGUUCUUCAACAGCCCCAAUGCAAAGGCAAUGUUGUUCAUCAACUUCACUGCUGAAAGUGCUGAAUCUUUCAAAUCAAAAUACCGUGAAGCUGCUGAGCAAUUUAAACAACAGGGUGUAAGCUUUCUGGUUGGAGAUGUAGAGUCUAGUCAAGGAGCUUUCCAGUACUUUGGACUGAAGGAAGAACAAGUACCUUUAAUUAUCAUUCAACAUAAUGACGGGAAGAAAUAUUUUAAGCCCAAUUUGGAAGCCGAACACAUUCCAACUUGGUUGAAGGCAUACAAGGAGGGUAACAUUGCACCAUAUGUGAAAUCUGAACCUGUUCCAGAAACUAACAAUGAACCAGUUAAAGUGGUAGUUGGGGAAAGUCUCCAGGACAUCGUUUUCAAGUCUGGGAAGAACGUUCUACUGGAGUUUUACGCUCCCUGGUGUGGUCAUUGCAAACAGUUGGCUCCUAUAUUGGACGAAGUUGCUAUCUCAUAUCAAAAUGAUGCUAAUGUUAUCAUUGCUAAACUGGAUGCAACUGCCAACGAUAUCCCAGGUGAUACCUUUGAUGUCCAAGGUUAUCCAACCCUGUACUUCAGGUCAUCAAGUGGAAAUCUAUUACAAUACGACGGUGGCAGGACCAAGAAAGACAUCAUAGAAUUCAUUGAAAAGAACCGGGACAAACCUGCCCAGCAAGAACAAGGAACAGAUAAACCUGCUCAUGCUGAACAAGUAAAAGAUGAGCAAGAAACAGGAAAAGAUGAGCUUUGAGAGGAAAGAAGUUGCACCUCUCUGGGGAUAUAGGCACAUAGUUACAUGUGGGGUGUUAACCCCGUUGUAUCUCUUUAUCACAGUUUAGUGAAUUUUAGGUGCAGACUAUCUUUCUCCUUCGGUUUUCCUUCUCUUUUGUAUGUUACGAGAAAUAAAACGGAUUUUCUUUGGCGGAGUAGAGUUUUAGUUUUGGAAAAGUUGUAGCUCGAAUUUGAAUUAAUUUAGUCAUGCUUUUAGAACAA